ACAGCCUGGUCCUGCCACUGCGUCAGCCAUGGUGUCCCGGGACCAGGCUCACCUGGGCCCCAAGUAUGUGGGCCUCUGGGACUUCAAGGCCCGGACGGACGAGGAACUGAGCUUCCGAGCGGGGGACGUCUUCUACGUGGCCAGGAAGGAGGAGCAGUGGUGGUGGGCCACGCUGCUGGACGAGGCGGGUGGGGCUGUGGCCCAGGGCUAUGUGCCCCACAGCUACCUGGUCGAGAGGGAGACCGUGGAGUCGGAACCGUGGUUCUUUGGCUGCAUCUCCCGCUCAGAAGCUGUGCAUCGGCUGCAGGCCGAGGGUAACGCCGCCGGCACCUUCCUGAUCAGGGUCAGCGAGAAGCCAGGCGCCGACUACGUCCUGUCCGUGCGGGACGCGCAGGCUGUGCGGCACUACAAGAUCUGGCGGCGAGCCGGGGGCCAGCUGCACCUGAAUGAGGCGGUGUCCUUCCCCAGCCUGCCCGAGCUUGUGAACUACCACAGGGCCCAGAGCCUGUCCCACGGCCUGCGGCUGGCCGCGCCCUGCCGGAAGCAUGAGCCUGAGCCCCUGCCCCACUGGGAUGACUGGGAGAGGCCGAGGGAGGAGUUCACACUCUGCAGGAAGCUGGGGUCCGGCUACUUUGGGGAGGUCUUCGAGGGGCUCUGGAAAGACCGGGUCCAGGUGGCCAUUAAGGUGAUUUCUCGAGACAACCUCCUGCACCAGCAGACGCUGCAGUCGGAGAUCCAGGCCAUGAAGAAGCUGCGGCACAAACACAUCCUGGCACUGUACGCCGUGGUGUCCGUGGGGGACCCUGUGUACAUCAUCACGGAGCUCAUGGUCAAGGGCAGCCUGCUGGAGCUGCUUCGUGAUUCUGAUGAGAGAGUCCUGCCCGUUUCGGAGCUGCUGGACAUCGCCUGGCAGGUGGCUGAGGGCAUGUGUUACCUGGAGUCUCAGAAUUACAUCCACCGGGACCUGGCCGCCAGGAACAUCCUCGUCGGGGAAAACACCCUCUGCAAAGUUGGGGACUUCGGGCUAGCCAGGCUCGUCAAGGAGGACGUCUACCUCUCCCAUGACCGCAACGUCCCCUACAAGUGGACGGCCCCCGAAGCACUCUCCCGAGGCCAUUACUCCACCAAAUCCGACGUGUGGUCCUUUGGGGUUCUCCUGCACGAGAUUUUCAGCAGGGGUCAGGUGCCCUACCCAGGCAUGUCCAACCACGAGGCCUUCCUGAGGGUGGAUGCCGGCUACCGCAUGCCCUGCCCUCUGGAGUGCCCGCCCAGCGUGCACAAGCUGAUGCUGACAUGCUGGUGCAGGGACCCUGAGCAGAGACCCUGCUUCAAGGCUCUGCGGGAGAGGCUUUCCAGCUUCACCAGCUAUGAGAACCCGACCUGAGCUGCUGUGGAGCGGGCACAGUCGGGCCCUGCUGAGGAGGGCCCUGGGCAGAGGGCCUGGACCUGGGGUCAAGGCCCACGCGCCAC